GGUUUCAAGGUUAUGCCUUGCACUGCUUGUGCUUCCUGGGGCCUGGUAAGCAAAAUGAUGGAUAGUGCAAAGCGUUGUUCUCAGUAUAUCUGUUGUACUCGUUCUUGUGAUGGCUGUAGGGUUCCUGUUUCUGCUCUUUCGCGCAUUAUAGCAGAGGAUAAGAAGUUGGAAUCGAAGGAGCGGGAGGCGGAGGUAGAGCUGGAGGCAGCUCAUCGCCGAGCGUUGAAGGUCCUUAAUAAAGCUCGCGCGAAGAUCUCAGAGUCCGCUGCCCGUCUUGCUCGUCUGCGCACCCAGCAUAGAUCUCUUGCUUCCCGAGGCGCUCAGAUGGUAAAUGCGGGCCUUGAGUUCCUUAAUGAGCUGGAUGAGCAGGAACGUCGCGAGGAGAAGGAACAUAACCUCGCCACAUUGGUUCGCGAGGUGGUAUCAGCUGAGAGCAUUUUGGCUGAGGAUCCCUUGUUCGAUGGGUUUAACUGA